AUGGACCCGCUUGUGUCGAUCAGGCUGUCACUACGCUGGCCGCCCGAUCCACCGACGGCGGACGAGGACGUGCUGGUGGUCCAAGGUCGCAGCGGCUUCUUCCUCGACUUACGGGUCAAGCGGCGACAGGUCAACUUUGCAGGUGGACUGCAGAGACAGGCAAAGGCAGGCGAAGGCGACUGCGAGGUGACUUGGGCUACCGCUGGGUGGAAGGAGGUGCUUGCACCUCGACCAGGCGAAGACCGCCCUCGAGCCCGCUUCACACCGGUCAUCGACUCUCGACGACCCGCCUCUUCAACCCGCUCUCGAAACUCUCCGCCGCCAGACACUCCGCCAGACGAAGGAAGCUUUGAGACGCUCACGAACGGCGACGUACUAGAGCGCGGCGAGAUGGAGAACCCGGAAACGGGCAAGGUCGCCCAGUACGAGGAGGUCUGGCGGAGAUUGCCUCUCUCGCAGGACGACGGACCGCCCCGAAUCGUCAUUUUCGAGUCCGUGGGUGACGAGGCGGACGGAAAAGCAUUCGUCGGACGAGUCGGAGACUACGAGUUAGGCAUGGUAGACGGAGCGGAGGGGUUUGGCGUGGUUAGGCGCGAGAGGAAGGAGGGCAUUUGGCAAGUCGUCUGCGCGAACGGGGCUGGACGGCUUCUGCCGACUUUAGACGGCGCGCAAGAGUAUGCAGAAGGCGAUACGGUGCAGCUGGCGGGACGAGCAUGGCGAGUUAUCGAGUCGACUUGA